GUGGCACUGUGUUGUUUUGGUCUGGAAAUCGCUGCUAAAAGUGGGAGUUUUUAACAUUUUUUAACAAAUUUCGUGAAUUUCGUGAUACAGAUAAGGGUGAUACGAGCCAAUUCAAGUCCCUGGAAGCUGGAUUCUAUAGCCGUACUGGGGUAAAUUCUCACAGAAGAAGAAUACCCCUCGGACCGCGAUUUGUUUCGGUUUUGUUGUUAGAGGCGCGCGUUGCUUCUCGUCGUCGUCGUCGUCGUCGUUCGCUUGCACCGUUCUGGGUCUUUUCGCGUGUGUCCGCGAGAUCGAGUGAUCCGGAGAAUAAUGUCCCGUUACAGCAGUACCUUCAAAUUGGUGGUGGUCGGAGGAGGCGGCGUCGGCAAAUCAGCUAUCACCAUCCAGUUCAUCCAGAGCUACUUCGUGACUGAUUACGAUCCCACCAUCGAAGAUUCGUACACCAAGCAAUGCGUCAUUGAUGAUGUGCCGGCAAAACUCGACAUUCUCGAUACGGCGGGCCAGGAAGAGUUCAGUGCGAUGCGCGAACAGUACAUGCGUUCCGGUGAAGGCUUUCUGCUCGUAUUUGCCGUGACGGAUCAUGCGAGCUUCGACGAGAUCUACAAGUUUCACCGCCAGAUCCUGCGGGUAAAGGAUCGCGACGAGUUCCCGAUGUUGAUGGUGGGCAACAAGUCCGAUCUAGAUCAUCAGCGGGUCGUUUCGCUGGACGAGGCGCAACAGCUGAGCCGGCAGCUCAAGAUACCCUACAUCGAAUGUAGCGCAAAGCUGAGGAUCAACGUCGAUCAAGCGUUCCACGAGCUGGUCCGAGUGGUACGAAAGUUCCAGCUGUCCGAGCGUCCACUGGUAGACGAGAAGGGCAAACGGAAAAACAAGAAAAAGUGCUGCAUCCUCUAGAGAGCACGCAGCUCGCUCUGUACUCUCACUGCUGUAUCACUCUACUCCUAACCACUCCAAUUAACCCUCCUCUCCAGAGCGGGGUAUUUGCUUUCCCUUGUUUUUUUUUAAAUCGUUUCGUUUUAUGUUUCGUUCGUGUCCCGAUGGCAUGACAUUUCAGAGGUUGUUAGCAAACCGCAAUUCCCUGUCGUCAUAUAGCAGCCUAAUAGCGAAUUACUAAUAUCGGCGCGAUAAUAGAGGAGCAUGCAGCGACCAGCAGAAGCACCUUGUUGGUGUGCUGUAUUAUUUUUACAUUUCAGUGCCAAAGUGCCAUCAAUCCUACUGUAAGUGGGACGGAGAUUAAAGCAAGGUUUUAGGCAGCUACUUGGCGAAAGCGCAGAGUCGCCACUGAAGCAAGCGAAACUGAAACGUUGUUCACGAAGGUGAACAAAAGCACUAACAAACUGCCAUCAGCGAUACUACUACACAGCACUGAUAAGAAACGCCUCACGCGCACCACAUUUACAUUUAUUGACUAGAGAAACAUUCCCUGGACCUUCUCACCAUUGGAUGUUCUUCUCUUUGUUGUUGUAGUUUUGAAUGUUACUUUCUGCCAGUCAGGACAAAACCUAUGCACACUUUGUCUGAGGAGUCUAGAGCUAGUAAACUUGUUUGCGAUCAAGCUGCUGGUUUCUAGGUUCCAGAUUUGCUUAGUUCUUAAAUCCCGCAUCACACGCCCACACACAUAACACCGUACGGUAGAAAGGGUCAGCAGACGCUAAAUGCAACAUUUUACGACGAUAUCACCUCCAAGGUAGGGGGAGCAAGCAGUGAAUAUGUCGGUUCACAAAUCUCGUAUCAGGCAGCUAAAACCCAUCGAGCUACAGAGUAAAGAUUUCACGAUAGAAUGAGAUGCGAGUAUCAUCGGUAUCAAGAUAAGAAAAGACUUACACAUCCAUAUCUAUCUAGCUGUUGCUAGUGCCAAGACCCCACAUGUUUCCGUUUCCCUAGCGAUCGGAAUUUCCGUGGAGCAGCAGAACUUUAUCGUAUACAAAAACAAAUCAAAAGAAGCAAACGAAAGCGACCGAAGAAAUCGCGAAACAAAAUGUGCCCGGGUGUAGAACAAUAAUUUUUAACAAGUUAAGAACGAAGCGCAAUAUAUGCGAUAGCAUUUUACUGCAAGAUAAACGAAAUGAUCAACGGUGCACAGGGAAAGAAACAGAAUGCAUCACAAUGCAAACGUUACAACUGCAAAGCAAAUAAUGAAUAAUUACAAGCGUAACAAUUAGCCAAUAACCAGGAAGGAAGAUGUCCCAGUGUCUAUUAACCAAAAUAAUAACGAAACGUUAAUAACUAGCUUUAAAUGUGCUUCCGGACAGAGGUCUGCGUUUGUGUUAACGAUGUUAGGGCAGCCAAUCAAAACCGCAUAACGAGGUACCGUAGCGGCAUUAAGGAUACAGGAUUGAGAAUCGGGUAUAGGCAGCUUAUUGUGGCAGGUUAUUAACGAACGAGUCAGUAAUAUGUCGAUUUUUAUGUUUUGAUAUAAUUUAUCUAUUCAAACUGUCGGAAGGCUUCGGAUCGGCAGGUACCUGUAACUGCGGGUACGCGACGCUUCUUGUUACGCGACCCCUUUGCACAAAACACGGAAUUUAGACCGUUCCGACGCAUCGAACCGAAGAACGAUUGUGCGCGAAAUGCUUAUGGUUUUUGUAACGCGUAAACUGGUGCUAAAUUGCCUAGCCUAAAUAUCAGAAGAUUGAUAACGCGUA